CUUUCCUGCAUCCGGGUCUGGGUGGGCUGGCUCUCAAAUCUAGCGAGGGGCAUGGAGUUACGCGAGGAGCCCCAGUCUGGAGCUUCUCCCUCUUCACCCCGGGACUGCUCGGGGAUCUCGGUGUCUAAGGAGCUGCUGACGGCGGGAAGCGGCGGCCGCGCAGGUAUAUGGGACAGGUUACUCAUCAACCCCAAGCCUAACUGCAGAAAAACUUCCACUCUUCAAACAGUUCGGAUAGAGAGGAGUCCCUUAUUGGACCAAGUACAGACCUUUCUCCCACAGAUGGCUCAGGCAAAUGAAAAGCUAAGCAAAGAAAUGGCAGCCGCACCCCCUGGGCAUUUCAAUAUUGAAGAUAUUGAUGGGAGUCUUGGAAAAGUUAUACAAAUGGAUGUGGCCUUGUUUGAGAUGAAUCAGUCCGAUUCAAAAGAAGAGGACGGUUCAGAAGAGAGUUCGCAAGACAGCUCAGAGGACAGCUCAGACUCUGAGGAAGACGACACCACCUCUUCUGAAGUCACCACAGACAACUUUAAACUUCCUCAUUCAGAAGACGGAAAAGGCAAGAUCGAGGUUUUGGACAGCCCUGCCAGUAAAAAAAGGAAAGAAUAAAAUAAAUGACCUUGGGAGCAGGUGACAUAUGCCUGCUAAUUCUGUGGAAAAAGAAUGUGACUUGCUGGUUAUUUUGCAUUUCAGCUAUCUGUGGUGCCUGUAUGUGAUAUUAGAUAUUUUUUGUUUCUCAGAGAAACAGAAACUAUCUUUUAAAGGCUGGAAUAGUAGCAUUUGGGGAAUCUUCUAAGAGCAGACUGCAUUUGAUCUCAUGCUAAAGAGAUUCCCUUUAGAAAGCUUAGCUUUAUGUAUGGUGACAAGUGAAUUUGCUGGCGUUUUCUUUCUUCAGCAGACUUCGGAAAUAUCAAACUCAUUUUAAAGUAAAAAUACAAAUCCUUUGUUUUUGUUUGAAAUUUAUUCUCUUGAAUAACCCAAUAUAGGUUUUUUGGGAUAUUAUAAAAUCAGAUUUAUUUGUUACCAUCACAGUGUGGGUUCAAUAGGGGAGAAUUUUUUUUUUUUAAGAGAAAGAAAUUUUUUAUAAAGAUAAGAAUUAUUUAUAUUCAGCUGCCCUCAGGCAUAUCUACUUUCAUUAAAAAAAAAAAAAAAAAAAAAAAAAAAAAAACAACACCACAAAAGUCCUUUGCAGUUUGAGCUGGGAAUGUGGUGCUGUGUGGCUUCAUCAUCACAUCACAUCACCAAUGUGUUGGUGACUCUGCAGCCUGAACUCAGUGCAGGUAGAAUGUACUGGUUGGAAAAAUUCAUGAUUUUUUGUUUUUCCUUUUUUUCCAUAGGCAAAUUUUUUUGUUUGAGCUAUUAAAACUAUUCUACACAGUUGCCCACAGUUUAAAACCUGUCAGAUGUAGAAAAUAGGGGCAUCACAGAAAAAACAGGGUAUGGGUCACAAAGAGCUAUAAGCUAUAUAUACAACUAGUUUUCCCCCUUUCAAAGGUCAAAAUGAUCCUAUGCUCGCGUCGCCUUUCUGCCUCAUCCUUGACCUUAUUCAAUUUCAGAUCUCAUGGGCCUGGCUUUGCUCAGGAUAUAGGCCUGAGAAUUUAAAGGACUGUCUCCAGGUGGGCUAAGCUGAUGGCCUUUGCGCCCUAGAGUUUUAGGUCUCUCUUUUAACUUUUAACUAUUUGUUCUUACUCCUCACAUCAUUGUCUUGUAAAUACUCUGAAGAUGAUUCUCAAGGUUCUUCUUGGUAUUUCCCAUUGGAAAUUGGAACCAGCUCUUCUGGGCUGUGUCUCACUAAAUGUACGAAGAGACGAACGGAUCUGGAAAUGAGACUCCUCAGCUAGAAAGGUUAUUGUGCUAUAUUCUGUAGCACCAAACACGACAGUGACGGAUUACUGGUGUAAAUAUUUAAAGAUUGUCUCCUGCCGGCUAAUAUAUUAUGCUACAUCGUGGAAAGAAUUGCAUUUGUCUGGUUCACUACUUAGCAUGGUGCAUGGUACAGAAUAGGCAUGAAUAAUGUUACCAAAUCAGUGGAUGGAUGGGGGCCUAUGGGAAAUUAUAAGCCAUGGAAGGCUGCUCCUGGCAGGGGGAUAUGAAGGUGUAACUCCACAGGAAAUACAGCUUCACAACAGAAAUAUGCCGAGUGAUCAGUGAGAGACCAGUCAGUCUAGACAUACAUGCUAGUGUGUAGAAUGUGAAUAUUCCCUCCUGCCAUGGCUGUCUCGUGUAUUACAGCGAGCCUCCCUAUACAGUGAGGGAAGUCAACUAAACUCAGGUCCUCUGGACAUUCUCAUGACAUAGUAGAAAAAAGAAAACCAUGAAAAUUUAAUUUAUGGUAAAGAUGUCAUUUUAAGUGAGUGUAAACUGGGUGAAUUAUUUAGUGUACAAUGUCAGAACCGGCUGUUUCAAAAAAGGUUAGAUCUUAGCCUCACACUGUGUACUAAGAUAAAUUAUAUGUGGAUUAAAGAUUUGAAUAGAAAUAAAAUUAUAAGGGUUCCAUACUAAAA